AUGGAUGAGUUUCCGGGAGUCGAAGGCGGCCUCGGAAGCUUGGCUUUGAGGUUGGGGCAAGCUAUUUCAGGGAUCGUUUCUUUGGUUUACAUUUGUUUGGCUAACAACUUCUACAGUUUCACCUCAUUCUGUUUCUUGGUAACAACGAUGGGGUUGGUUGUCCCAUGGAGCCUCACAUUAGCAGUGUCGGAUGCCUACACUAUUUGCGCGAUCCAAUCGACUCGCCCCAUCAAGAUACUUUCGGUGAUCGUAGUAGGAGACGGGCUUCUUGCGACGCUUACGCUAGGGGCAUCGUGCUCGGCUGCCAGCGUGGCCGAUGCUUUGAUGGCAUAUGAAGCGCCGGUGUGCAAAGGGAAAGCGUGCAUUAAGUUUCGAAUAGCUGCCGUGAUGGCGUUCUUGUCGUGGUCGUUGUUGUUCGCUUCGUUUCUGCUCAAUUUUUGGCUUCUUGCGACGCUUACGCUAGGGGCAUCGUGCUCGGCUGCCAGCGUGGCCGAUGCUUUGAUGGCAUAUGAAGCGCCGGUGUGCAAAGGGAAAGCGUGCAUUAAGUUUCGAAUAGCUGCCGUGAUGGCGUUCUUGUCGUGGUCGUUGUUGUUCGCUUCGUUUCUGCUCAAUUUUUGGGUUCUUCCUUCGACCUAA